AUGAGGAUCACGGGAACAGCGCCAGGGGUCCGAUUCGAGCCCGAGGACGACCAAAUCAUCACUUAUCUCCUCGAUAAGGUAACGGGCAAGGAUUUGCCCCAAAAUCCGGUGAUCGAUUGCGACCUGUACGGCGAAGAUGAAGCUUGGAAGGAGCUGUUCGUUGAAACCGGGGAAUCUGAAUUGUAUUUCUUCACCAGAUUGAGGAAGGUAAAGACGAAGAAGGGGGAAAUGGGCUGCGGCGGCGGCGGUGGAGGCAGGGCUGAGAGGACGAUUGGCUCCCAGGCCACGUGGCGGUCGAGCAAGGACGACCCCAUUUUUCUCCCCGGCGGGAGCGUCCAGAUCGGGUCGAAGCGGGCUUUUACUUACCGUCCCAACCAGAGUUCUGCGGCGGCGAGGAAGAAGGAAACCGGAGAUGGGUUCUCGAUGACAGAGUACCGCCUCGACGGCGUCUUCGACAGCGUCGCCACGGAUCUUGUGAUGUGCUCGGUGAGAAGGAAAGAAGGCAGAGCAUCAUCCUCUGAGAUCGAGAUCAACGAUGCUUCUGUGCCGAUGGCGUGGUGUUUGCGGCCUUGCAGAUCGAUUAUGGCUCAGCCGAUGAUGGGAGGAAGGGUGUUUUCGUGUUAG